AGAGGACCACUUCUGGCGAUGGGCGGGAAAGAGACAGGCUAUUUCCGGUGCGUGGGUUCCGGCUCGGCUGGGCAAUUUUACUAAAUGGUUUGGGUGCUCGCAGAGGAAGAGGGUUCUUCGGUUCCUCUGGCAGUGUUACCGCUGCCGCCGCUCUCCCAGGUCAUCGCAACUUCUAGCCACCGGCGCCAGACCCCUCAGGCUCCUUAAACGGCUCGGUCUUAACGCCCCUCCGGGUCCCCUGCGCCUCUGUCCUUCGGGCCUCCCUAGCCCUUCUGCUUCGUCCCCGAACACUCCAGCCGACUGCGUGGAUGGUGGUAACCACCUCACUUCUCUGUCGGGAUUGACUGAUUGAAGCCAUGGAGAAGAUGUCCCGAGUGACCACAGCCCUGGGUAGCAGUGCACUGACAGGCCAUACAAUGCACUGCCAUCUGGACGCUCCAGCCAACGCCAUCAGUGUGUGCCGUGAUGCGGCUCAGGUGGUUGUGGCAGGCCGCAGCAUCUUCAAGAUCUAUGCCAUUGAGGAAGAACAGUUUGUGGAGAAGUUGAACCUGCGUGUGGGCCGCAAGCCUUCGCUCAAUCUGAGCUGCGCUGAUGUUGUCUGGCACCAGAUGGAUGAGAACCUGCUGGCCACAGCGGCCACCAAUGGUGUGGUAGUCACGUGGAACCUGGGCCGGCCUUCCCGCAACAAGCAGGACCAGCUGUUUACAGAACAUAAGCGCACAGUGAACAAAGUCUGCUUCCACCCCUCUGAGGCCCAUGUGCUGCUUAGUGGCUCCCAGGAUGGCUUCAUGAAGUGCUUCGACCUACGCAGAAAGGACUCUGUCAGCACCUUCUCGGGCCAGUCUGAGAGUGUGCGGGAUGUCCAGUUCAGCAUUCGGGACUACUUCACCUUUGCCUCCACCUUUGAGAAUGGCAAUGUGCAGCUCUGGGACAUUCGGCGCCCUGACCGUUGUGAGAGGAUGUUUACAGCCCACAAUGGGCCUGUUUUCUGCUGCGACUGGCACCCCGAGGACAGGGGCUGGCUGGCCACAGGUGGGCGUGACAAGAUGGUGAAGGUCUGGGACAUGACCACGCAACGUGCCAAGGAGGUGCACUGUGUGCAAACCAUUGCCUCAGUGGCCAGAGUCAAAUGGCGGCCUGAAUGCCGCCACCACCUGGCCACGUGCUCUAUGAUGGUAGACCACAACAUCUACGUGUGGGACGUGCGCAGGCCCUUUGUGCCUGCAGCCAUGUUUGAGGAGCACCGAGACGUCACAACAGGCAUCGCCUGGCGCCAUCCACAUGACUCCUCCUUCCUGCUCUCUGGCUCCAAGGACAGCACACUGUGCCAGCACCUGUUCCGUGAUGCCAGCCAGCCUGUUGAGCGUGCCAACCCUGAGGGCCUCUGUUAUGGCCUCUUUGGAGACCUGGCCUUUGCCGCCAAGGAGAGCCUAGUGGCCACUGAGUCUGGGCGCAAACCCUAUGCUGGUGAUCGGCGCCACCCCAUCUUCUUCAAGCGCAAACUGGACGCUGCUGAGCCCUUUGCGGGGCUCGCCUCCAGUGCCCUCAGCGUCUUUGAGACAGAGCCUGGCGGUGGCAGCAUGAGCUGGUUUGUGGACACUGCUGAGCGUUACGCCCUGGCCGGCAGGCCACUGGCUGAGCUCUGUGACCACAAUUCCAAAGUGGCUCGGGAGCUGGGCCGAAACCAGGUGGCGCAGACGUGGACCAUGCUACGGAUCAUCUACUGUAGCCCUGGCCUGGUGUCUACUACCAAUCUCAACCACAGUGUGGGCAAGGGCAGCUCCUGUGGCCUGCCACUCAUGAACAGUUUCAAUCUGAAGGAUAUGGCCCAAGGACUGGGUAGUGAGACCCGGCUUGACCGCAGCAAGGGUGACACACGGAGCGACACGGUGCUGCUCGAUUCCUCAGCCACGCUCAUCACCAAUGAGGAUAACGAGGAGACUGAGGGCAGUGAUGUGCCUGCCGACUACCUGCUGGGCGAUGUAGAGGGCGAGGAGGACGAGUUGUAUCUGCUGGAUCCAGAACAUGCACACACUGAGGAGCCUGAGUACGUGCUGCCCCAGGAGGCCUUCCCCCUGCGCCAUGAGAUUGUGGACACGCCACCGGGCCCUGAACACCUACAGGACAAGGCUGACUCGCCCCAUGUGAGCGGUAGUGAGGCAGAUGUGGCCUCCUUGGCACCUAUGGACUCCUCUUUCUCGCUUAUUUCUGUCUCACACGCACUCUACGACAGCCGCCUGCCACCUGACUUCUUCAGCGCCCUAGUGUGUGACAUGCUACGCUUUUAUGCUGAGCAAGGUGAUGUGCAGAUGGCCGUAUCUGUGCUCAUCGUGCUGGGUGAACGUGUCCGCAAAGACAUCGAUGAGCAGACUCAGGAGCACUGGUACACGUCCUACAUCGACCUGCUGCAGCGCUUCUGCCUCUGGAACGUGUCCAACCAGGUAGUCAAGCUCAGUACCAGCCGCGCCAUCAGCUGCCUCAACCAGGCCUCCACCACCCUGCACGUCAACUGCAGCCACUGCAAGCGACCCAUGAGCAGUCGUGGCUGGGUGUGUGACAGGUGCCACCGAUGUGCCAGCAUGUGUGCAGUCUGCCACCACGUAGUUAAGGGUUUGUUUGUGUGGUGCCAGGGCUGCAGUCACGGGGGACACCUGCAGCACAUCAUGAAAUGGCUGGAGGGCAGUUCCCACUGCCCGGCUGGUUGUGGCCACCUGUGCGAGUACUCCUGAUCCACUCGUCCCGUGGGGGAGGGAAGAGGCUGGGGCUUGUGAACCAAAUAAAGGAAAUGGAGCCACAGUA